AGUGGCAGUGUAGCACUAGUUAUAAAUACUUGGCAAGCAAAACAGGGGCCGAGGGGCGGAAGAGACCUUCUCACUCAUCCUCACACAGGCUGUUUCACUGACUGCCCACCUGACUUGUCCUUCUCUGUAUAUAUUUACAUGUAGUCCCGGCAGUUUUCUUUCUCUAUCUCUUCCUCAUCACUCCCUACACAUCUCCAUCUAUAGUUUAUUCAUUUGUAACCAAAUCACGACAACGUGGAUGACUGGGAGUGCUGACUGGUCUUUCGCCAUUAUAUUAGCUUUUAAAGCUAACAGACAACACUGAUCUCAGGCUCUCUCAGACCUCUCGUACACUCUCACUCUUUCUUCCUAUCCUUUUCAAAGCUUAGAUUAUUACAUUAUUUGUCUGUCACUGUGUUGCUUUCUUGUACUCCUGCUACCGCUACCAUAACUUGACUACAAAUACUUGCUUCUCAUUUUUACUGGUACUACUUAUUCAUUCCCUCUGCUUCUUUCUUUACAUCCCUACAGCGGUUUCUAUUCUCAUUCUCCAUCCAUUUUUCAUUCGAACUCUCCCUUAUAAUGCAUACCCUUUCGACCUCCCUUUCUGUACUUUGAACUUCGAGAGAAAAAAAGGAAUACCCAUCAAAACCCAAUACCAAUAUAAGAGAGAGAGAGAGAGAGAGAGAGAGAGGUAAACGAGAGAUGCAUCGGUGCAGCAGCCCUCACUGUAAUACGACGGUCGGUCCUUGCUCAUGUGGUGUUUUCCACCCUCAUCAGGGAAGCUCCUUCUCCAUGUUAUUCUCCAUGGCGAACCACAAUCCAAUCGAUGAGAUGGACACAUACCCGAUCACUUCCUCUUCAGCUUCUGUGGACUGUACUCUCUCUUUAGGAACGCCAUCCACCCGCCAAACGGAAGAUAAAUCGAUAGGUCGUCACCGACGGUCUGGCUCGUCGUGCAUGUCUAAUCUUUGCUGGGAUAUAUUUCAGACCAAGCAGCCUCCUCAAUCAUCAGUGACCCAUAAGAGCAGCCGAGGAGGUAGCAGCAACACUGGCGCUGUACUCAAUAACUUGAAUGGGGAUCCGCUCCUGGCUCGAAGGUGCGCCAACUGUGACACGACAUCUACACCACUUUGGAGGAAUGGACCCAGAGGCCCCAAGUCGCUUUGCAAUGCGUGUGGAAUCCGUUACAAGAAAGAAGAAAAGCGAGCAACAACCACGACAAACAGUACUGCUGCUGCUUCUGCGCUGCUCAUGGAGCCACAGCAGUUCAUGAGCCAUCAAUACCACUCAUGGACUCACCACAUCCAGACCCAGAAGAUAGCAUCCAUGUCCCCGGCUCUGGGUAAUGAAUUCAGGUUCAUCGAAGACGACGAUAGAGAUUCCAGCACCACUGGUAUUCCUUUCCUUUCAUGGCGUCUCAAUGUCCCGGAUAGGCCAAGCCUCGUUCAUGACUACACAUGAAGAUGAUGAUGCCAAUGAUGGUCAUCGUAUACUUUUCAUUCUGUUUUUUUUUCUCCGUCCUUAUAGAUAGCAGAUGGAGUGAAAUAGCCAUAAUUAUAUGAUGUUGUUUAACUUCUAUCAGUUCUUUAAUUUCUAUUGGGUCCAUAUUACCUUUCUUGCCUGCUGCUCUUGUUCUUCUGGAUCGAUAAUCCUUCCAUUGAGCGAAAUCCUAUAAUAUAUAAUAUUUCUUGUUCUUGUUCUUGUU